AUGAAGCUCACCACUGUCGUCGGCUCGGCGUUGCUGGGCCUUGUUUCUGCUGCUGAGAACACUACCACUCGCAAAACCACUUACGAUUACAUCGUUGCUGGAGCCGGAGCUUCAGGACUCGUCGUCGCGGAGAAACUCGCCGUUGCUGGACACAAGGUUCUUCUCGUUGAGAGAGGCGGUCCGUCAUACUACUCAACAGGCAAUCGCGAUGACUUGAUGAAAUGGAACAAGAGUGUCACUGCGUAUGACGUGCCAGGAAUGGCAUACUACACAGACAUUUCGCCGACAAUCCAGUGGUGCACAGACAUUGCUGCUUCUGCGGGCUGUUUGCUUGGAGGCUCUACCAUGUUGAACGCGCUCAUGUUUGUCAAGCCCCGAGCUGCUGACUUUGAGGGCUGGCCUAAGGGAUGGCAGUGGAAGGACGGGGUUUCUGAUGCUGCCAAGAGUGUUUUCAAGCGUAUGCCUGGAAGCAUUCUUCCUUCUGCUGAUGGCAAGCGGCACGAUGAUGGCGCCUUUGAGGUCAUGUCCGAGUUCCUGGAGAGCAACGGCUGGGGCGAGGUUAAUGCUCUUGAAGACGUUGAGGCGAAGGACAAGAUCUUCACACAUCCUCCUUGGCUAAUCAGCAAUGGACUUCGAGGCGGCCCCGUUCGGGACAUUCUCCCGGAUGCAGAGGCCCUCGAAAACUUCACCCUCCAACUGCAUGCCAAAGUCAUCCGCGCUGUUCGGAAGGGUCCUAUGAUUACCGGUGUUGAAGUUGAGCACGAGGAUGGCUCUCGUGAGAUCAUCAAGCUGAACAAAGGUGGCUCAGUAAUUCUCUCAUCUGGCACCCAUUCAACACCACGAAUCCUCUUCAACUCUGGCAUCGGGCCCAAGGAUCAGAUUCGUAUCGUCCAGUCUGGCUCCACCAAAGUCAAGCUCCCUCCUGCUUCUCAAUGGAUCGAUCUUCCAGUUGGCCAGCGCCUCAAAGAUCACCCCAUCGUCGUCGUGGAUUUCCAGACUAGAGACAAACUCCAAGCUCUACCCAGCACGGCCUUCACUGAUCCCAACGACGAAACAGUUGAGCUGUUUGCCGAAGGAAGCGGCCUUCUUUCCCAGUCGGCUCAACGUCUCAACUUCUGGAAGAGCGUCGAAGGCAGUGAUGGCGUGACUCGCUACGUCCAGGGCACCGUCAACGCCCCUGAGAACAACACUAUCUCGGCCAAGGUCUAUCUCACUCACGGUCUCACAUCUCAUGGCACCCUCGAGAUCACUCCUGAUGGCAACACCAACAUCACUCGGACGCCAUUCCUCAACACCGAGGGCGACCGCGCAGCUCUCAAGACCUUUGUCGGUGAGCUUCUCAGCUACGCACGCCAGCCUGGCAGCAUUUUGACUGUGCCGAGCAAUGUCACUGCGGACUCGAUUCUCGAGGUUUCGUAUAGUGGCAACCAUCAUCUCGGAUCUGCCAACAUGGGAGCCAAGAAUGAUGGUAAGAGUGUUGUGGGACCCGAUACUCGGGUCUGGGGAACUAAGAACUUGUUUGUUGUUGAUGGCAGCAUGCACCCUGAGGUUCCAACUGGAAAUACUCAGGCUAUCAUCAUGGUUGCUGCUGCACACGCCGCUGACAAGAUCUUGGCUGUUUCCUCAAAGAGAAAUUAG